AUGAAUGGCCUAGUGUGUUUCAGGCAACACGACAACAAUUUUUCUUCCUCAAAGCAUAUAUUUUCUUCAGACGAUCAACAAAGUGAUUGGUCCAUUUGGAAGGGCAGGGUCGGAUGGGCGCGCGCGGCGGAGGUCGGGUGUGGUGCAUCGCUGUCGCCGUCGAUGACGCGGUUCGGUAUCGCCGCAUGCUUCAACGCCACGUCGUCGGCCGUCUCGGAGGCUGCCGCCGCCAACGCCACGUCGGGCGUCGUCCACGCGGUGCCGCAGAUCGAGCCUAUUGUGUCCGCCGAGUGGCUGCACGCCAACCUCAGGGACCCCAAUGUGAAGGUACUUGAUGCCUCUUGGUCAGAAGAUGAUGGCGAGUUCCUCAUUCCAAUUGAGUUUAUAUUGUGUAGGUUUCUUCGUCAUGAUCUGGAUUGCCGCAGUCAUGUUCAAGUCCAAUGAUAUCUUGCACAAGCAGACUGCUCUCAAGAUACAACGGUCCGGCAAGCUGCUAUAUGGUGGUCAAGUGUGUGCUGCCUAGGAAAAUAGAUAUUUAGUUUUAGGUCAUUUCUUGUAAUUUCAGAUAUGGAGUGCUUGUCUUUAGUUUUUGUUUUUAAGUUUGUGAAACUUGCUACCUAUGGAUGAAACUGUGUAAUAUUGAUGAAACUAUGUAUAUGUAUGGAU